AUGCCUGUGUUCAGUGGCCUGUUGAAGGUGCGAGUGUGUGAGGCAGUGGACCUGAAGCCCACACCAUGGGCCCUGCGUCAUGCUGUGGGGAAGAGUGGCUCCUUCCUGCUGGACCCUUACCUGGCCCUUAAUCUGGACCAGACCCGGCUCGGCCAGACCGCCACCAGGACGAAGACCAACAGCCCUGCCUGGCACCAGGAGUUCUGCACUGAGGUCCGAGAGGGAAGGAGCCUGGAGCUGUCCGUUUUCCACGAUGCGCCCAUUGGAUACGAUGACUUUGUGGCCAACUGCACCAUCCAGCUGGAGGACCUGCUGCAGAACGGGACCAGGCACUAUGAAGACUGGAUUGACCUGGAGCCAGAGGGGAAGGUGUACGUGGUCAUCGAUCUGUCCGGAUCCUCCACUGAAGCCACGGGGACCAAUGAGAACGAGGAGCGGGUGUUUCGAGAGAGGAUCGGUCCUCGCCGGCGACAGGGCGCCGUCCGAAGACGCGUCCAUCAAGUCAAUGGACACAAGUUCAUGGCCACCUACCUGAGACAACCAACCUACUGCUCACAUUGCAGAGAUUUUAUCUGGGGCGUGCUGGGGAAGCAGGGAUACCAGUGUCAGGUGUGUACGUGUGUCGUCCACAAGCGCUGCCAUGAGCUCAUCAUCACCAAGUGUGCCGGGAUGAAGAAGCAGGAGGACACACCUGAGGAGGUGGGCUCACAGCGGUUCAGUGUUAACAUGCCCCAUAAGUUCAGUAUCCACAACUACAAGGUCCCCACCUUCUGUGACCACUGUGGCUCCCUGCUGUGGGGCCUCAUGAGGCAGGGCCUGCAGUGCAAAGUGUGUAAGAUGAAUGUGCACAGGCGGUGUGAGACCAAUGUAGCUCCUAACUGCGGUGUGGACGCCCGAGGGAUCGCUAAGGUCCUGUCUGACCUGGGAGUCACGCCUGACAAGAUCUCCAACACCGCACAGCGCAGGAGGAAGUUGACUCCAGGGCAGGACCCUCCCCAGUCUCCUCCUGAGCUCUCCCAGACUGAGGAGAACAGCUUCAGCCAGCCAGCUGUCCCCACCUCCCCCUCCCAGCAGGACUUGGCACAGUUAGAACGCCUGCAGGACGCGCUGUCACUCGACCAGCAGGGACCCCAGCACUCCUCCUCCUCCUCCUCUUCCUCCUCCUCCACCACCUCCUCUUCCUCCUCGUCCUCCUCCUCCUCGGCAGGCAGGGAGAACGGACAGAUCCAGAGGAGGAGUCUCAAGGACUUCAACUUUAUCAAGGUUCUCGGCAAAGGCAGCUUCGGCAAGGUGAUGCUGGCAGAGCUGAAGGGGACGGAGGAAGUUUACGCCGUCAAAGUUUUGAAGAAGGACGUGAUCCUGCAGGAUGACGACGUGGACUGCACCAUGACCGAGAAGCGCAUCCUGGCCCUCGCCCGCCGACACCCCUACCUCACCCAGCUUUACUGCUGCUUCCAGACACGAGACCGUUUGUUUUUUGUAAUGGAAUAUGUGAAUGGAGGAGACCUGAUGUUCCAGAUUCAGCGAUCCAGGAAGUUCGACGAGCCUCGCUCUCGUUUUUACGCCGCCGAAGUCACCUCAGCCCUCAUGUUCCUACACCGCAACGGGGUCAUCUACAGGGAUCUGAAGCUGGAUAACAUCCUGUUGGACGCAGAGGGACACUGUAAGCUGGCAGACUUCGGCAUGUGCAAAGAGGGCAUCAUGAACGGAGUGACCACCACCACCUUCUGUGGCACGCCAGACUACAUCGCCCCUGAGAUCCUGCAGGAGCUGGAGUACGGAGCCUCCGUGGACUGGUGGGCCCUCGGGGUGCUGAUGUAUGAGAUGAUGGCUGGACAGCCUCCGUUCGAAGCCGACAACGAAGACGAUUUGUUCGAGUCGAUUCUCCACGAUGACGUCCUCUACCCCGUGUGGCUCAGCAAAGAAGCUGUUUCUAUCCUCAGAGCGUUCAUGACCAAGAACCCGGCCAAGCGUCUGGGCUGCGUGGUGAGCCAGGGCUGCGAGGAGGCCAUCAAGACCCACGCCUUCUUCAGAGAGAUCGACUGGGUCCUGCUGGAGCAGAGGAAAGUCAAACCACCCUUUAAACCAAGGAUUAAAACCAAGCGAGAUGUGAAUAACUUUGACCAAGACUUCACCAAGGAGGAUCCCGUGUUGACGCCCACGGACGAGGCCAUCAUCCGACAGAUCAACCAGGAGGAGUUCAAAGACUUCUCCUACUGCGCCCCCGAGGAGACGCAGACCUAGCACUUACAGACAGACAGACACACACACACACACACACACACACACACACACUGAUCCAACAACACUAAACCUGGCACGCACGUACGCACACAUUGCUGACACUCAUACAUGUGUAGAACCAUCAAUCCCUUUACAAGACACACACACACACACGCACACGCGCACACAAUCACUCCUUUGAAGCUAUUGGUUGUUGUUACUUUUUGGAAUAUUCUUUACUUGCAUUGUGUUGUUCUUGUUGCCUGGGUUAAUUAUGAAUAUAAAUAUGAAUAUGACUAUGAAUAUGAAUAUAAACACCUGCACAUGCUCUCAUACACACACACACACACACACACACACACACAUGUUGCACACUUUUAAUGCAGACACACCCACAAACACACACUACAAUCCCGAGUUUUGCUCCAACACAAACACUCUCACUGCACAUGCUCAGACAACCAAACACACACACACACACAAACACACACACACACUUACACUGCUUCUCUCCCCAGCACCAGGACUGUACAGUGGGUGCUGGGUGCAGAGGCCUGUAUAUAGCCUGUGUUGAGUGGCUGUAUUGUGUUGGUAUUGUCUGCUAGUAAAGGAGAGUCGUGGCGCAUGGACAAGCA